AAUACAAACUUUCGGAAAAGUCAAAAAUAUAAUUAUGAAUUACUUUUUGAUCUUCACUAUCUUCAGCCUCAUGUUGGUCAUCAGCUUGGGACAAUCGGAGGCUUUUAUAAUUGGACCAGUUCAACAACUGGAGGAACUCGCGCACAAGUUGGCAAAAAUAGCUUUUGAAUUGGCUAAGCCCAUCGAAAAAGCCAUUGCCAAGCAAUAAUGAACAAAAAGUACCAUUGUAAUAACUGAUCACUUUCCAAUAAAUGUAUUGUUUAUAGUAAAUAAUUAAA